AUGCUUCACUCUCCGCUGAAAACAGCGUUGGCAUAUGAGUGUUUCCAAGACCAGGCCAGCUCCACUCUGGCUCUGCCCUCGGACCACAAGCUGAAAACUAAGGGCACGGGAAAACAGCGAGUCCAAGAGCAAGUGAUGAUGACGGUGAAGCGGCAGAAGCAAAAGUCGUCCGUGUCGUCGAGCGUGGGCCACUCCAACCGAGGUUCCAUGUAUGACGGUUUAGCUGAUGGUUAUGGCUAUGGGACAUCCCGGGGCAGCUAUUACGCCAAAACCCAAACAGGAAACAGCAGCUGGGGAUAUCCGCUGUACAAUGGGACCCUGAAGCGGGACGUGGAGAACAGGCGCUACAGCUCGUACAGCCAGAUGGAGGGCUGGGGCAGCAAGCACUACAGCAAGGCUGUCUGCAGCCCCGCCAGGGCCGGCAGCGACUACUGCUUUGUGCAGAACAUCAAGAGCAGCCGGAGCGAGCCCGACCUCUACUGCGAACCGCCCAGGGGCACGCUGAGGAAGAGUCAGGUGGGGGGCCGGGCAGAACACAAGGCAACCUUGAACCGCCAGAGCAUCUACAGCAGCUGUAGCACCCAGCAAGGAACUACCAGGACAAGUAAAAAAAUGCCAGCACGGGCCCUCUCCUGCCCCUCAAGCAACAAGCCCGAUGUGGUCUAUGCCCAGCCCAUGAUGAGCUGCAAGCAGGACGUGGUUUAUGGACAGGCUCAGUCCAGCUCCAAAAUAUGUGGUGAUGAAAUAGACGGCGGUGCAAUGACUAUCCAGAAAGCCAUACAACUUCUGUGCUCCUCUGAUGACAAAUACCAGGCCAUGGGUGCUUACUACCUCCAGCACACCUGCUUCCAGGAUGAGUCUGCCAAGCAAGAGGUCUAUCGGCUGGGGGGAAUCGCCAAGCUCGUCGAGCUGCUCCGCAGCACAAACCAGAACGUACAGCGGGCGGCAGCUGGAGCCCUCCGAAAUUUGGUCUUCAAGAAUCCAACCAAUAAGAUAGAAACUCGGCGGCAAAAUGGAAUAAGGGAGUGCGUGAGCCUCCUACGGAGGACAGGGAACACUGAAAUUCAGAAACAACUGACAGGACUGCUCUGGAACCUCUCCUCCACCGAUGAACUAAAAGAAGAGUUGAUACAGGAGGCCCUCCCCGUCUUGACAGACUGUGUUAUCAUCCCUUUCUCUGGCUGGUCUGAUGGCAGCUGCAAUAGGACAAGAGAAAUUAUUGACCCAGAAGUAUUCUUCAACGCUACAGGGUGUUUGAGAAACUUGAGUUCUGCAGACAUGGGGCGCCAGACCAUGAGGAAUUACCCUGGCUUGAUCGAUUCAGUUAUGACUUACGCCCAGAACUGCGUGGCUUCUAACCGACCCGAUGAUAAGUCUGUGGAGAAUUGCAUCUGCAUCCUGCACAACCUCUCCUACCGCCUGGAUGCCGAAGUUCCCAACAAAUACACCCAGCUCAACCACAUGGCCCGGAGCGUUUAUAUGGACAAAACUCUCACAGGCUGCUUCAACAGCAGGAGUGGUAAAAUGGAGAAUGACGAGUACGGUGUCCCCCUUCCUGAGGAGGAUUUUAAACCCAAAGGACCCAGCUGGCUCUACCACUCUGAUGCCAUCCGCACCUACCUGUCCCUGAUGGAUCAGAGCAAGAAGGAUGCCACCCUGGAAGCUUGUGCUGGAGCCCUGCAGAAUCUCACUGCGAGCCGAGGGCUGAUGUCCAACGCAAUGAGCCAAUUGAUUGGUUUGAAGGAAAAAGGUUUGCCUCGCAUAGCACGGCUCCUCCAGUCCAACAGCUCUGAAGUUGUCCGGUCUGGGGCUUCUUUGCUGAGCAACAUGUCCCGGCAUCCUGUUCUCCACAAAACCAUGGCUCACCAGGUGCUCCCAGAUGUAUCACGUCUCCUGUCAUUCCAGUCUGGAAAUACCAACAGCUAUGGCGAGAUCAUGACAUCAGCUUGUUACACUCUGCGGAACCUCAUCAUGUCCAACCCACACCUGGGAAAGUCUUACUUGACAAGCAACAUGCUAAAUAAUGUAGUAAGCCUGUGCCGAAAUGGCUCCUGUCCAAAAGCGGCCGAAGCUGCUCGCCUCCUCCUGACAGAUCUUUGGUCGAACAGGGAGCUCCAGAGUGUGCUCAAGCAGCAAGGGUUUGAUAAGAACAUGAUGGGAUCUUUAGCAGGAACAACCUUCAGGACCCUCUCCUCCAGAUUUUAG